CUAGGCGGUGGUCUUACAAUUUUGUCUUACAAUGAUCUCAACAAUACUCCCAGUCUCGGCUCAGGAGCAAUUCUCAUCAACCAAGCAAGUUCUUUUGCAUCCGCUUCACAAUCAUGUAACCUUCUAGGAGAAAGAUUUUGGGCUCCUGCUAAUGAGACACCUUCUGAAUUGAACAAUUCAUUGUCGUAUCAGGUCUACUUGGGCGCAUUUCCUGAGAUUCAAUUGUUUUGGAUAUCGAAUUCUACCUCGAGACUCUGUAGAGCUAUCAAUUAUCUAGGCUCCGUCUCCAAUGUGGACUGCGGGAGAGAACUCCCUGCUCUCUGCUCGCAAAGUGCACCAGUCUCCAACUCCACCUUUACCAACACAUCUGCCACAUUCCAAAUCGCGCAGCAAGUUGGGGCCGUAUCCAUCACUGGAUACCGAGAUUUCUACACUUGGAAAUUCUUUGGCAUCAGAUAUGCAGCAAAACCCGAGCGUUUCACUUACUCAAGUGUGUUCGCUGGAACUGGGCAAGAGCUUGCAAUAUCACAGCCUCCAGCCUGCCAGCAGUACAUUGGACAGGUCACUUCGGGAAGCAGUGAAGACUGCCUAUUCCUCAACAUCUGGACUCCCUACCUAGCUCCCACUUCUCCAGCCGCAAAAGCGAAUCUCAAGCCUGUGAUGUUUUAUAUCUAUGGCGGUGGUUUUACAAGUGGCGCAGCAAGUGAUCCGAAUACAGAUGGCACCAAUUUAGCUUCACGCGGCGAUGUCGUCGUGGUGGCUCUCAAUUAUCGAAUUGGGUACUUUGGAUUUCUUGCAUACCCCGACGGAGUCCAUAAUGGCAACUACGGAAUUGGUGAUAUGGUAACAGCCCUAGAGUGGGUGUCCCAGAACAUUCGAGCCUUUGGAGGUGAUCCAGAACAAGUUACAAUCUUCGGUCAAUCGGCUGGUGCAGCGGCUGCCCGUACUUUGCUCGCUUCUCCGAAGACCAAAGGGUUGUUUUCAAAUGCAAUCAUGCAGUCAACCCCCGAUGGCUGGCCUCUGGCGGCUCCAAUCGCUCAUUACAUGUCGGUCCAGGAGUACUAUACAAACUUCACGGAGAGCGCUCUGAAUAGCACUGGCUGUCUUGAUGCAACGGACCCAAUUGCAUGCUUGAGUGAAGUUGACGCUGCCGUUCUUGCCAAUCUGCAAACAGCUGCUCAAUAUCCCGUCGUCGACGGCACUUACCUCACAUCAGCAGAAUUGGCCCUCAACAACUCCAGCGGCCACAAUUCAAACAUCUCCGUCAUAGUGGGAGGCGUUCGAGACGAGUUCGCUAUCCUGGACACUUAUUACCCUCCAGCAGGUAUCACCAUAGAACAAUACUUUGAUGCUCUUUCGUCAGAAGAUUUCACCCAAUAUCCAGUUCUCACAAACGGCACUGCCUUAUUCUCAAUCCCUCCGAACCCCACUGCCGACGAAAUCUUUAACAUCACAGUCCGAGUCGGAACCGAUGGCCUCUUCAACUGCGCCUUAGAAGCCGCAGCAUAUUCAGCAGCGAAGAAUAAUGUUUUUAAGAAGGUCUACUCCUAUCAAUUCAAUCGUACGUACAGCCCAACGGAUUACACCACGACCUGGUGUUCCGCUCCCCUCACCGCAUCGCGACCUUUCGGCGAUCCGGAGAUGGAGUACUAUAAGUGUCACGCUGGUGAACAACUGUACACUUUCGGGACUAUGAAAUGGGGACUGCCGGAUCGUGAUGGGCUGGAUGUUUUGUUCAGUCAGUGGGUUGUUGAUUAUUGGACUGCUUUUGCGUGGACUGGAAAUCCGAAUCCGAAAAAGGAGUAUCUUGAAGCAAGGGGUUAUUGGAGUACGUUGGAGAGGAUUUCGAAGACUGGAGUUUGGGAUCAGGUUGCUGUUAAUAGUAGUGCGUGGAGAGUGAUGCAGUGGGAUGGGUUCAUGGCUCAAGAGUACCCGGAGCAAGAGCAGUGCGCAUUUUUGGGGUUGCCGCUGGAUUAA